AUGGUUACAGAGGAAAUUAAUGAAAAUUCAAUUGCAGAACGUUUACAUCAACCUGUACCUUUAGAUUUAUCUUAUCAUUCAUCAAUUUCAAAUGAAUCAAAUAUUUCUAAUCAAUUAUCAAUUUCAACAAUAACAACACCAUUUAUUAAUAAAUAUGAUAAAUCUACUAAUAUACAAUUAAGUAGUUUACAACAUACAUGUAUUAGUAUACCAAUUAAAACAUCACAAUUAAAUGAUAAAUUCAAUAAUCAAUUAUAUUUUCCACAAUCAUCUAUUAUAGAACAAGUGAAUACAUCAUAUAGAUCUAAUUUAGAAAAAUUACAAAUGUUUUAUACAUUGAAAAGAAGUCAAUUAAAAUCUAUGAAUGAUUUAUAUCAUUCACCAUUAAUAACUAUACCACCACCUGAACAAUUAUUAGCAUUAACAAUGUUACAUAAUCAUAAAUCUAUUAAAUUCACUCCAAUAAUCAACACGAGUAAUAAUAAUAAUAUUUCAUUGUUACCAAGACAAUUAAAUCAAACUAUUAAAAACGACUUAGUUACUAAUUUAUCUUCAACUAUUCCAUCAUUAUAUGAUAAUCAAUUUAUCGAUUUAAACAAUAAUAAUAAUAAUCAAUAUUGUAAUUCAAUUCCAUUUGAAUUAAUAUCGAUUUAUUUAAAAAUGUUAGAAAAAUCAAAAAAUUUUAAUGAAAUUUACAAAAAUGAUGGUAGUAACUAUUCCUAUGAAACUAUUUAUAAAUGGUUAUUAUCAUUACGUAAGAAUAUUUAUACAACAAUCGAUAAAGAUUUAAAUAAUCCGCCUUUGAAUUAUCCAAUUAAAACAAAACUUUCACAAACAGUAGUUCAUGUUGAAAGUGAUAAUAAUAAUAAUAAUAAUAACGGUAUUAAGAAUAUACCUAAGAAACAUAAAACAAUAACAAGUGUUUUAGAUGUAUUACCAUCAGAUAGUAUAGAAGUAGUACAAGGAUUAUUAUCAACAUGUGUAAAUCAUUUUACACCUAAACGUGAACGUUAUACAUGCCAUUUUUGUGGUAAACUAUUUCCUAGAUCAGCUAAUCUUACUAGACAUAUACGUACACAUACUGGUGAACAACCAUAUAAAUGUAUACAUUGUCCAAGAUCAUUUAGUAUUAGUUCUAAUUUACAACGUCAUAUACGUAAUAUACAUCAAAAAGAAAGACCAUUUCACUGUAAUGUUUGUUUAAAACGUUUUGGACAACGUGCCAAUUUAGAGAGGCAUGUUCGAAAUCAUUUAAUCAGUAAAUAUCAUCAUCAUCAUCAUCAUCAACAACAACAGCAUCAAUACAAGCCAUUAUUAUCACCUACAUGGUCAUCAUCAUAAUCAUCCUUCAUCUUUUCAACAGUGAACACAAAUUUUUCCCUAGAAUAACGUGAUAUUAUAUCAAGUAAUUCAAAUAGAGUUUAUCCUAUUGCUGUCCAUCAAUAAGACAGACAUUUCUCUCUAUGUAUUCUUAUUUAAAGCCCUUAGUAUUAGUGAUUUUGUAACUUUCUUCUCAAAUCAAUCCUGAUAAAGAAUUUUGUUGAUCUUGUGUUCAUAUAUACACAUACAUAUAUGAUAUAGUUACUUGAUUUGAUGUAAUUUAUGUUUGUUUGUUUGUUGUUUACAUUGAUGACCAUGAUCUUAUGAUUGAUUUGAUCAAUCAAUUAUGUAUAUCAUGUCUUCUCUUCUUUUUUCCGUUGUUGUUGUUGAAAAGUAGUAAUAAUCGGAUGAUGUACUCGCUUCCUUUAGUUAUCUUACAUAUAAUACACCGUGUGUAGUGUAUAUCGUCUGUUAUCUGUCAUAUUCAUGAAUCUAUACAUGCAAAUAUAUACACAUUUAUAUACAGUUUAAUACAUAUACAUAUAUAUAUAACAAGAUAAGGAAAAGACUUCACAUUGUUGAUGAUAAGUUGUUUUUCUCUUUUUAGAUAAUCCUGUAGUUAUUAACAACCAACCAACCAAUCAAAUCAACAACAACAAACCAACGAACAAUCAAACAAAAGUAUCUCAUAUAUUUAUCACAUCCUUAAAUAAUAUG